CUCGUCUCGUACUCCCCACUAGACUCUAGAGCUCGACCUGCUCUGAUGGCCUUGCAAUAAUGUCUGCUUCUCAAGUGAAACACGACGGCGAAUCCAAAACGGAUAUGGACGGACAAGAGAGAAUUGCCUUCCGUGACAAGGAGGUCGAAAACGAGCAGUCUGAUCAGAACGAUGACCAGACAGCACGUACGACGCUUCGCGAUGCCGACCCUUCGUCAACGGCCGUGUCAGCAAGGCAAGGUACAAAACGGCGGCGCAGUUUUAUUGUGUGGUCAAAACUACCAUCCGUCCGUCCGUUCUACGGUAUUGCGCAGGACAUUCGGUCCCGCGCUCCAUACUACGUCAGUGAUUGGACCGAAGCGUGGAACUAUAGAGUUGUUCCGGCGACUUUAUUGAUAUUUUUCGCAAACGUGUUGCCUGGUAUCGCGUUCUCGCUAGACUUGAUAGAGACCACGAAUCAAUAUGGAGUUGCGGAAGUACUGCUAUCUUCCUUCAUGGCUGCCUUCAUAUUUUCCAUCUUUGGCGCCCAGCCGCUUUGUAUUGCGGGCGUCACAGGACCCAUCACUGUCCUGAACAAGACCAUUUUUGAUAUUAUUAAAAAUCAGGACGAUGCCCCAGACUACCUACAGUUUGUAGGCUGGGUGUAUCUUUGGGGAGCUAUACUGCAUUGGAUAACCGCAGCUCUGAACUGGUGCAAUUUCCUCAAAUAUGUCACCCGGUUCUCAUGCGAUACAUUCGGGUUCUUUGUAUCCUGGGUGUACCUUCAGUACGGCGUGCAGGUCGUGACUCGCCAGUUCAGUCACUCGUCAAUCGACGGAGCUUUCGUGCAAAUAAUCCUCGCGCUCGUUAUGCUCGUGGCAUGUUUCCUAUUCCAGUCGCUCGCACGCACAACCUAUUUCCAUAGACACGUCCGUCGCUUCUUUGAUGAUUAUGGCAUGCCAAUCUCGCUCGUCGCUACGACGGGUUUAGCUUAUUGGGGCCGUUUCAAUACUGCUAACCCCGAAACGUUGCCUAUUUCUGGCGCAUUCCAGCCUGCCGGCGGACGCGACUGGCUCGUUCGCUUUUGGGAGUUGCCGGGUAAAUGGGUCGGAAUUGCCUUCCCGUUUGGCUUCGUUCUAUGGGUCCUGUUCUUCUUUGAUCACAACGUCUCCUCGCUCAUUGCACAAGGUUCCGAGUUUCCCUUGCGUAAACCACCUGGCUUCCACUACGACUUCUUCCUUCUCGGGAUCACGACAUUCAUUGCCGGCCUUCUCGGUGUCCCAGCACCGAACGGACUCAUUCCGCAGGCUCCCAUACAUACUACCUCUUUGCUUAUAAUGGGAAGAAACCGAAAAGACGACAUUGAAGAUCCAUCCAGCAGUGCAGGUCCAAGCAAGAGCGAGAAACGCGCAGAUGGACCGUACCCUGAACCCGAUCCCAGUCCUGCUUAUCAUGAGGUGCCUAUUGGAGUUGUUGAACAACGCGUUUCGAAUCUCAGCCAAGGAUCUAUGUGUCUUAUCCUUCUUACUGGCCCGUUCUUGCAUAUCCUGCAUCUUAUCCCUCGAGGUGUACUUGCUGGGCUUUUCUGGUUCAUGGGAGCGGAUGCUCUGCAAGGAAACGGAGUUACGACGAAGAUGCUUUACCUCAUUCGGGACAAACACCUUACGCCUCUGGAUGAACCGCUUCGCAAAGUCCGGCCAUCCCGUAUCAUUCUUUUCACGUUGAUACAAUUAAUUGGAUUCGGAGCAACGUUUGCUAUCGUGCAGACCAUAGCAUCAAUUGGAUUUCCCAUUAUAAUUCUUCUGCUCAUUCCUCUCCGAACAUCUAUUGUUCCUCGGUUGCCUUUCACAGAGGAAGAACUUGCUAUUCUUGAUGGACCGACCGCAUCGCCAUUCACGAUGGAAUCUGUUGGUGGUUCUCUAUGACUUGACGAACUCCAAUGACAAAUAUGACGAACCCGAUUUUCUCAGUGGAGAGGAGGAAAAAGAUGUUUUUGUUUUGGAUGAUAAAUAGGAUUGCAUUUUUUGGAAUUGGAAUAUUGGUAUGUGUAAAUUGAUAUGGAAUGGAACACAGACUAGCAGCCAGUGUUGUCGACUCUUGAGUUUAGAAGUAAAGCAACGAUUAACCCGUAUAAGCCCAACACCUCUGCGAAGAUGAGGAUGAGGACCAUUGAGACGAAGACUUUUGAUUCGUGCACGUAUGCUCGUACACAUGAAUCGCCAACGAUACCAAUGGCGUACCCCGCCGCAAGUCCUGUUAAUCCGCAAGCUAGUCCAGCGGAAAGGUGUAGGAAACCGCUGUACAAUGAGUAGUCCUCUGUGGGGCUCAGACCGCCAGCGAUGAGGACGGAGACCACUAGUCCGUAGACUGCGAUGAUACCAGACAUGACGACCGGGAUAAGUGACUUCAUGAUCAACUCUGGUUUGAAGGUGCCCAGACCGGCGAUGCCUAUGCCUGCUUUUGCAGUUCCGUACGCGGCCCCGACAGUGCUGAAUAUCAUUGAAAGGGACACGCCCGCGAAGCCGAAGAACGGCGCGUAUGGUGGACAGACAGACAUAAUGGGAAUAAGAGGUAAAGCCGAAACAAAGGGAGAGAAGAACUAUGUAGUGCAACCCCCUAGGUGUCGAGGUUGGAGGAAGA